AUGCUUAAAGUAUCUUCAUAUGCCCCAUACAUAUAUAAAUGCGCCAAUGUCAAAAAUUUAAAACGAUUUUAUGAUUACACACAAAAUAAAAAUUACUAUGAUGUAAUUAAUUUUUCAAAAGGGCUAUAUCAAUAUAUGUGUAAAUAUCCCCACAAAUUUGAUAGUUCAUUCAUAAGUUUUGCAAAAACACUAUUUAAUGAUAUUUCAAAAAUAAAGAUAGUGAAUGAAGAUAAAAGGGAUAUAUGCCUUUUGAUAUUAUUAUAUAUAAAAUGUAAAAAAAAAUGUAAAACAUUUAUGAUUGGUAAAAAUGUAAUUAAAUAUUUAAGCUGUGUUAUUGAAGAGAAUAUUGAAAAUUUUGAUGAAGACGAUCUUUCAACUGUUUUAACAUUUUUAAGUUGCACAACAGAUCAUAAAUUAUAUUCUGAAAAUAAUAUAGGAAAUAAUAUAAAUAAGAAUAAAAUAAAUGUUAAAAUUACAAAAAAAAUAAUAGAAAGAAGUCAAAAUUAUUUAUAUAAUUUUAAACAAAUCAAAAAUUUAUGUAUAUUAUAUAGUUAUUUAUGUAGAGAAAAUAUAACUAUAGAAUUACAUAAUAAUGUUCUUAAGCGAAUAUUUUCGGGUUUAAAUAAAUGUGAAGGUACUGAUUUAACAAAUAUUAUUUUUAAUUUUUAUCAUAUAAAUAAUUUUUUUUUCAACAAUUUUUUAACAAAAAUAUCUGAUUUUAUUGCACACAACGAGGUGGAAAAAGGUGAAGAAUUGGAAAAAAGUGGCGAAUUGGGAAAAGGUGACGAAUUGGGGAAAAAUGGCGAGUUUGAAAAAAGUGGCGAAUAUGUAAAGAGGGCUUACAAUUGCAAUAACUCGAUUUUAGACAUUGGAGGGAUAGAAAAAGGAAUGAAUGUAAGUAGUGAGAAAAAUAAUAAUUAUAAUUUGAGUAAUUUAUUUAAUAUAUACAAUUGUAAUAUAUAUGUAUACAAUUUUAUAAAUAAUUAUAAUAAAAUAUUUAUGGAAAUAAAAAAAUUUAAGUUAAUAGAUCAAUGCAAUUUUAUAGACAAUAUUUGGAAAAAUUGUCGACUUUUAUAUGAUUUUUAUAUACAUUUUGAAUAUUAUUUAAAUAGAAAUAUAGAUUAUAAAAAGUGGUUAGAAAGAUUGGAAAAUAUAAUAAAACAAGAUGGGUUAAAAAUUAAUAUUUUGCAAACCCUAUUAUAUGAAAACAUAUUUUGUAAUCAUAAUUUAAAAGUACUUAUAUAUUUAUAUAAAAAUGGAAUAACUUAUCAUAAGUAUUAUUUUAAUCAACUUCGUGUUUUUUUGGAAAAAUAUAUUUUAAGCAUAUUAGAAAGCAACCUUGAAAGGGUCGAGUUUGUAAAAAAAAGUGAAAAAAAUGAAAAAAGUGAGCAAAAUGAGCAAAAUGAAAAAAGUGAUGAUGGUGAUAGAAAAAUUAAUAACAAGCAUAUUUAUAUUUUACUAAAUGUUCUAUGUCAAAUGAAUGUACAAAAUGAUCGAAUUUUAAAUAUAAUAAUUAAUGAUUUUAAAAAAAAUGGUCAACAUUAUACUCUUAAGGAAAGUUUGUUACUAUUACAUUUUUGUUUUAAUCAUAAAAAUGUUGAAAUUUAUAAAUAUAUUUAUACACAUAUUAAUAAUAUAAUGAAGGAAAUAAUAAAUUAUAAGAAUAUUAUAAUACCAAAUAAUUUUGGUUUUUUAUUUUUUCCACCAUGUCUUUAUUUAGAUAGUAAUGAAGAAAUUUAUAAAAUGUAUAUAAAAAUAUUUUUAAAAUGUGGAAAAUAUUAUUUAAAUAAAAACAACGAAAUUCAAAGAUACAAAUUAAAUGAUGAAAUUUUUUUUUUGUGUUUAAGUUACAACAUAUUAAUGUAUAAAAGUGAAAAUAAAAAAUUAUUAACAAAAUUUAAAUUAAAACAGUUAAAAAUAAUUUACGAAUUUCUACACAAAUUUGAAAAUAUAACAAAAAAAAUUAAAGAUAAUAAUUAUUUGUGCUUAAAAGAAAAAACAAAAAAAAAAAACAAAUUAUAUUUUUAUAAUUUUUUUUUUCAGAAAAAUAUCAAAAUAAAUAAUAUACUUAAAUAUGUUGAAAUAUCUAUGAGCCAAAAUGAAAAUAUAUAUAUCAAUUUUAUUAAUUUUUUUAACAUACACAAAAAAUUUUAUUAUGCUUAUAUAGGAUAUGAAAACUUAUAUUAUAUACCAUCAAUUGUGCCCUCAAUAAUAAUCCAAAAUUAA